AUGACAUGGACCCCACCAGUCCACCUCCAAUUUCUCGCUGCCGUUGCGAGCUUGAAGCUUGUGAUAGGUCUUACCAAGCGAGUAUUUUAUUACGCAGUCACAAGUGGGGCGGCUGGUAGUCCAGAGCCAUCACAGUGUGCUGUCGUUGUUUUUAUUGCUGUUGGUGUUGUUGGUGUUAGUCUCGUAAUCGGUAGGUGGAACCUGGCCGCCAGUUCGACGGCCAGCCUGACCAGUGAGAGUAUCGUGCCUUCGGCUAUGCGGGCUGCCAUGCCGUGCAAGCAGCCCCGCGGUGAUUGCGGACUUCAGAGGGGGGUCGGUUUCUGCUGGUUGCCUGCAGAGACUGCUCGUCAAGUGAGUUCAUUCUGUCUCAGCACAGCAAUACAAUCUCCUCUUACACAGGAGAACGCUCUUGACGACGGGAUACAUAAUCACCCUCCACAUAAGCAACCCGACUUCCUCAUUUCAUCUCUUGGCAACACAUCGUCCUUGGUUUCCGCAACGGUUUUCGAGAUGGCCAGGCCCUACCCUCAGAUCGUGCUCUUCGGAGACUCGCUCUUCCAGGGCUCUGCCGUGACGUUUGACGGUUUCUCGUUCCAGGCAGAACUCCAAUGCCGUGUGAUGCGCCGCUACGAUGUGGUCAACCGCGGCUUCUCCGGUUGGAACACGGCGAACGCCGUCAAAUACCUCCCAGAGAUGUUUCCUCCUCCCUCGGACUCCGGACCGCAACUGAAGUAUCUCUUGGUGCUUCUCGGCGCAAAUGAUGCUGUCCAGCCCAUGAACACCACGACGCAGCAUGUCCCAUUGAAGGUGUACAAGGAGAACCUUGUCAAGAUCGUCACGCACCCCAACAUCACAGCCCACAAGCCGAAAAUCCUACUCGUCACGCCGCCGCCCAUUGACGAGAUCCGCAUCACCCAGCUCGAUCUGGCCUGGGGCCACUCUAAGCCGACGCGGACCUCCAAGAUCAGCGCCGAGUACACUCAGGCGGCUCGAGACGUGGCGGCUGAUGUGCCCGGUGUGACACUGAUCGACCUGUGGCAGGCGCUGAUGGACCAUGCCGUGUCCAAGACGCCCGGUUUCAAGGCCGGAGGGCCCCUGCUCGGCACGCCGGAGCUCGGCGAGCAGGGCGGGCUGGCGGGUCUUCUUCCGGACGGCCUCCACAUGAGCGGCGAGGCGUACAGAGUUUUCUACGAGACGGUGGCGCCUCACAUCGGACAGGAGUGGGCAGGCUUGCCCGAGGACGACCGUACGGGCUACGUCUUCCCGGACUGGCGCGAUCUGAACCCUCCAGCAUAG